ACACUUACACAGCACGUUCCGGAGCACGAAGCGGCUAGCGAGAGCCAGUCGGCAAUGAGAGCACCAGCAGGCUGGUACUGCUGGUCCGCCGCCCAAAGUCACACAGACGAGCUUGCGAGCUUUUUUUUUGUUUUGUUUUUUUUUUGUACCGUUUGUUGUUGUUGUUUUCCCUCGUUGGCGCCAGCACCAGUUGUACCGGUUCCGCGGUCGUUGUUUCUCCGAAACCGUAAGCCCAGAGCCAGGGGCUGCUCGAGCGGGCUCUUUCAAGGUCAGCCGCGCUGCGUUUGAUGCUCAAGUGCCUUUGCUGAUUGCAGCAGCGCGUACAGGUGGGGUGGCAAGGGGGUGACUCGUCCGCGGUACACUUUGCUGCCGGGCGGUGGUGAUAUGGUGAAGGCAGUGCCGAUGAUACCACACAAGGGUGCAGCAUCGCCGAGGAGUACAUAAUAUAUAUACAUACAUAUAUAUACACGUGCAGUGGAUGCAGCGCAAGGGGAUACCGAAAGCUCGAGGUAGCUGACGUGAUGCCGAUGUAGGAACCAUGUGCGGCGAGUAUGGAGAGCUUUUUUGGCCAGCAGCAAGGGUAGCCGUCGAUACUGGAGUUCAUUGUCGCGUAUCGAGUUGCACUCGUCGACGGUGAUCAUGAUGAUGAUGUUAUUGACGAGGGUACAAAAACAAGGUGCUCGUUGUGCUGGUACUUUAUAAGAGCGAGAUAUAACGAGGAGGACUCACUUACUCCCCAACUCCCCCUACAGCGGAGGGAUGAAGAGACGCAGGCUGGACCGAUUUUAAAAAAAAGACGAGGCUCGCACGAGAAAAGCUCUCCCUCCUCCCCCCACGCCCACCCUCUAUCUCUCGCUCAUUUGUAUCUCUCUUUCUCAUCUCUCGGCCCAAGGAUGGAGGACUCCUCGCCACGUAUACGCCCUUACCUCGACUGCUGGGACAACGAGGACAAGUACUCGGUGGCGAACAGCCAGGCGCCCCUGGAGGCGGGAGAGGACGAGCACCCGGAGCGUGGCACCUGGACCGGCAAGUUCGACUUUUUGCUCUCGUUGCUCGGCUACAGCGUCGGCCUCGGCAACGUCUGGAGGUUCCCCUAUCUCUGCUACUCGAACGGCGGCGGGGCCUUUCUCAUACCCUUCACCGUCAUGCUCGUCAUCGCCGGGCUGCCUUUGAUGUUCAUGGAAUUGUCGAUCGGCCAGUACGCGAGUUUGGGCCCAGUCGCGGCUUACAAGAGGUUUUGCCCGCUAUUGCGGGGCCUUGGCUACGGCAUGGUCAUCGUCAGCGCCAUCGUCAUGAUGUACUACAAUCUCAUAAUCGGCUGGACGAUAUACUACAUGGUGGCCUCGGUAGCUGGGGGCAGCAAAGUACCCUGGAGCGAGUGCGAGGAGGAGUGGAGCACGUCCGAGUGCUUCAUGCCCGAGGAGACGUUGCUCUGCACCAGCCAAAACAUGACGUACUUCAAGAGGGAGUGCCUCAACUCGACCCAACUGGCCGCGAUGAACCUCACCGCCGACAGCCUGGCGUCCAUCGUCAGGAAACCCCCUGCCGAGGAGUACUUCAAUAACCACGUGCUGCGAUUGAGCCACGGGAUCGAGGAUACCGGGACGAUAAGCCCGAAAAUGGCCGGUUGCCUCCUGCUCGCCUGGAUCAUCGUGUUCCUCUGCCUGAGCAAGGGCGUGCAGAGCUCCGGCAAGGUCGUCUACUUCACCGCUCUCUUCCCCUACGUGGUUCUGAUCGCCCUGUUCUGCCGGGGUAUAUUGCUGCCGGGUGCCGACGAGGGUAUCCUGUUUUACCUGACGCCCGACUGGCAACGGCUCACCUCGGCCAAGGUCUGGGGCGACGCCGCGGUCCAGAUAUUCUUCGCCCUGAGCCCGGCCUGGGGUGGCCUCAUCACCCUCAGCUCGUACAACAAGUUUACCAACAACUGCUACAAGGACUCGCUCAUCGUGGCCGUGAGCAACAUCGGGACCUCGUUCUUCGCGGGCCUCGUCAUAUUCUCCGUCAUCGGCUUCCUCGCCCACGAGCUCGGCGUCCCCGUCGCCUCGGUCGUCGACCAGGGCGCCGGCCUCGCUUUCAUCGUCUACCCCGAGGUGGUGUCGAGGCUACCCGUGGCGCCGGUCUGGUCGCUACUGUUCUUCGUGAUGUUGCUCACGCUGGGCCUGGACUCGCAGUUCGCCCUCAUGGAGACCGUGACCACCGCCAUCCUCGACGGCAUCCCCGCGCUCAGGCACUACAAGCUCUGGGUCGUCCUGGGCUGCGCGGUUUUCGGCUACGCCGGUGGCCUCAUAUUCACCACCAACGCCGGUAUGUACUGGCUGCAACUGAUGGACAAGUACGCGGCCAACUGGUCGGUCCUGCUGAUAGCGAUAUCCGAGUGUAUCCUGGUUGCGUGGGUGUACGGGGCGGAUCGUUUCCUCGACGACGUCCAGCAGAUGAUUGGGGCGCGGGGCAGGGCUUGGCGCUUCUUUUGGACGUGGAUGUGGAAACUCGUGACGCCGGCGGCCCUGUUUUUCAUCCUCUUUUUCAACUGGGUCGAGUACGAGCCCCUCAAGUACGGCACCUACACCUACCCCAUUUGGGCCGACGCGGUCGGAUGGUUCGUUGGACUCGUCCCGGUCCUCGUUAUCGUCGGCCUUGCCAUCAGCCAACUGAGGGUGAGCAAGCGGCGACGUCCGGCUUACGAGGACGAGGACGAGGAGGAGGACGAGCUGCGGAGUUCGAACAACGAGAGCGUCUGGUGUCGAGCGCGCAAACUCCUCCAACCGACCCCGGAUUGGGGUCCUGCUUCGCGCAACCCCCUCACCCCGUCCAGGACAGUGCCCCACACCCCGUCGCCAGUUAAAACGAUAUUCGCAGGUGGGCAGUGCGGCUACGACUCGGUGCGGGACACGAUAGUCCUGGUGAACGGGCAGCCGAUGACGACGCAGGGAGCCAGCGCGGAAGCCGGUAGCUCGCAAAAGCUGCCCGGGCCCUCGAUCCUCAAGAACUCGAGCAAAACCGAUCUCAUCAGCUCCCAACAGGUCUGACAGGACGACGGUGGCCCCUGCUACGACGAUUACCCCUCGCACAAGUGCACCUUCUCCACCUUUGGAUUUUAAAGUGACGCCCGAGCGUGAUGAUGCUGCUGCCGCCACGACCGAUCGAUCUUUGUACUCUAAACAGCUCCCCUCCCCCCCCCCUCCCAUGCCAGUAGUCCCGGUUCCUCCCUUUCAACCCCGUGACUGUAGCGGUGUUAUUUUUAGCUGCCGCUGAAGCUAUAGAGCUUGUUUCAAUUUUUCAGUAGUUGCGGGACGAAAUUCAUGCGCAAGGGAGAUACCCGAGGUUUUUUUCGUAGCGACUUUCCCAAGGUGAUAUAAAUCAGUCUUUUCGGAGGAUAUUUACUGCGUUUCGUAAAAUUUACAUCGCUGUAUGAUUUUUACUUCACACACACACACACACACACACACAC